AGCUCGGACGAGGAGAAGCAGCUGCAGCUCAUCACCAGCCUCAAGGAGCAAGCAAUAGGCGAGUAUGAAGACCUUAGAGCGGAGAACCAGAAAACAAAGGAAAAGUGCGACAAAAUUAGGCAAGAACGAGAUGAAGCCGUUAAAAAACUGGAGGAGUUUCAGAAAAUCUCUCACAUGGUUAUAGAGGAAGUUAAUUUUAUGCAGAACCAUCUUGAAAUCGAGAAGACUUGCCGGGAGAGUGCUGAAGCUCUGGCCACAAAGCUAAAUAAAGAAAAUAAAACAUUGAAGAGAAUCAGCAUGCUCUACAUGGCCAAGCUGGGACCAGAUGUGAUAACAGAAGAGAUAAACAUCGACGAUGACGAUUCAGGUCCAGACACGGAGGGUGCCGGUGACACUUGUGUCUCGAUACAGUGUCAGAAGCAAAUCAAAGAACUUCAAGAUCAAAUUGUAUCUGUUCAGGAAGAAAAGAAGACAUUGGCCAUUGAACUGGAAAAUCUCAAGAGCAAACUGGUAGAAGUGAUUGAAGAAGUAAAUAAAGUCAAACAAGAAAAAGCUGUUUUGAAUUCAGAAGUUCUUGAACAGAGAAAAGUCUUAGAAAAGUGCAAUAGAGUUUCCAUGUUGGCAGUGGAAGAGUACGAGGAGAUGCAGGGAAACCUGGAGCUGGAGAAAGACCUUCGGAAGAAAGCAGAGUCCUUUGCUCAGGAGAUGCUCAUUGAACAGAAGAAGUUGAAGAGACAGAGCCAGCUUCUGCUGCAGAGCUCAGCCCCUGACCAGCAGCUUCUGAAGGCUCUCGAGGAAAAUGCCAGACUCACCCAGCUCCUUGAAGAAGAGAGAAUGAAGCAUCAACAAAAGGUCAAAGAAUUAGAAGAACAACUGGAAAAUGACACUCUCCACAAGGAGAUCCACAACCUCAAACAGCAGCUGGAACUUCUAGAAGAAGAGAAGAAGGAACUGGAGCUCAAGUACCAGAAUUCUGAGGAGAAAUCCAGAAAUCUAAAACAUUCAGUGGAUGAACUCCAGAAGCGGGUCAACCAGUCUGAGAACUCUGUCCCGCCCCCACCUCCUCCACCACCACCUCUGCCUCCGCCACCUCCCAAUCCCAUCCGGUCCCUCAUGUCCAUGAUCCGGAAACGGUCGCAUCCCAGCGGAAGUGGUGCUAAGAAAGAAAAGGCAGCCCAACCAGAGACAGCUGAAGAAGUCACCGAUCUGAAGAGGCAAGCGGUUGAAGAGAUGAUGGAUAGAAUUAAAAAGGGCGUUCACCUUCGACCUGUGAAUCAGACAGCCAGACCCAAGGAGAAGCCAGAAUCCUCCAAAGGCUCUGAAAGUGCAGUGAAUGAACUAAAAGGAAUACUGGGGACACUUAACAAAUCCACUAGUACAAGAAGCUUAAAAUCCCUUGCCACUGAGAACAGUGAAACUGAGUUAGAAAGGAUUUUGCGUCGCAGAAAAGUGACGGCAGAAGCAGAUAGCAGUAGUCCAACCGGGAUAUUAGCCACCUCAGAGUCCAAAUCCAUGCCAGUGUUGGGUUCUGUAUCCAGUGUAACAAAAACAGCCUUGAACAAGAAAACUCUGGAGGCAGAAUUCAACAGCCGGUUCCCCCCAACACCUGUGCCAGGUGAAGGGCCCCGUAAAUUGGAAGGAUGCACACGUCCCAAGGUUACGUUUCUGCCUCCCAGUGAUGCUGCAUGCAGGGGUACAGACGUGGAUGGUGAAAACCAAACCGGACCUGUGGUAGUUUUAGAUCCCAUUUCCACACAUGAACCCCAAACCAAAGAUCAGGUGGCUGAAAAAGAUCCAACUCACCUCAAGGAGGAUGAAGGCGAAAUUGAACCAGAACGCAAAGAAGACAACAACAACGACGACGACGUUGAAAAAACCGGAGAGAUAGACAGCUCCAGCUGCUGA